GCAAGAAUAGAGAGAUUGGUUGGUUGUUGGCAACUGCCUUCUCCAGGAGGCAGUGGAAAAUAAUAGAAAUCAAUUCAAUGCAAACAUAUUCUUCCUUCCUGUACAAGCAAUCUCUCUCUGUAUGUUCAUUCUUUUGUAAUGAAUUUCAUUUUUUAUUUUCCAAAAUAUGGGUGGGUCCUCUCCUUUUCUGGUGAAAUGAUCCUUUGGCCUAAAAGUUUUCAACUUUACUGUUUUUCCCCUUAGAAAAAUCCCUUGGUAUUCCAUAUAUUCAUUCAUUCAUUAUUUGCAUUACAUUACAUUACAUUACAAAUAGCCAAGUUAUUUGUUUCUGGGGAAUUGAAUUUGAUAUGGGAGAAAUCUCUCCUGAGAAAAAAUCAGGCUGUGGCCUGUUGAAUGCAGUUUUUGGACGUCGAAGUAUAUGGCCUAGAAGAUCAACAUCCACAGGUUCUCUUCAAAAAUUCGACCCAAACGAUAAUGUGAACUUAGUCCAAAGCAUGCCGGGUUCAAGAAGACAAAGUUCCAUUUUGGAUUCAUCAGAUGCCCCUUUAAAUAAACAGGCUGACAGAAUCAUCGAGCGGCCAGGCCAAAACCACUCGAGAUCUCCUCCCGUGUAUCAGCAACACCAUCUCCCACCACCGGCCGCAGCUUCAAGAAGCGUGCCUAACAAACAAGGAUGUGGUCAAGCACGAAAAGUGCCCCAAAACGGACUUGCAAUAUCUGGGGAGCUUGAGAGCAUGAUCACCGAUCAUCAGCAAUCAAAAGGUGCAGGUAAGUUAGUCCGUGCAUCGUCCAGUAAUGUGAUGUUGUUUGGCAAUUUGGGUAAUUUGAGGCAACCGGGUGGCAAUGGGAAUUCAACUGCAAACAAUGUUCUUGAUUAUCUUCCAAAAACUGCAAAAGAUCAAUCACCAGCUAAUGGGAAAUACAGUACUAGCGUUAUGGGGAAUGUAUUGAAAAAAAAUGAAGAGCCUUCUCUUUGUCGUGCUAUUUCAACCAGAAUGGAUCCUGAGCAAUUGAAAAUUUUAGGAAAUGAAGAUUACAAAAAUGGCAGAUUUGCAGAAGCUUUGUCUUUGUACGAUGCAGCCAUUUCUAUUGAUCCGAAUAAGGCUUCUUACAGGAGCAAUAAAAGCGCAGCGUUAACUGCUUUAGGCAGACUUCUUGAAGCAGCUUUUGAAUGCAGGGAAGCAAUUAGAAUUGAUCCAUAUUAUCAACGAGCUCAUAAUCGAUUAGCAACCCUAUAUGUUAGAUUAGGUGACGCAGAGAAGGCGGCAUAUCAUUUCAAACAAGCUGGAGCAGAAGCUGAUCCCGAUUCAAUGAACAAGGCUAAAAAAGUUGAAGUUCAUCUGAACAAAUGCACCGAGGCAAAGAGGCAGCGCGAUUGGAACACCCUCCUAAAAGAAGCUACACUUGCUAUAGCAGCCGGUGCUGAUUCUGCACCACUGAUAUUUUCCUCAAAAGCCGAGGCCUUACUGAAACUCCAUAAGCACCAAGAAGCUGAUGAAACUAUGGCGAAAGGUCCAAACUUUGACAUCGAUGAAUGUAUUAAAUUCUUCGGCCCUAUUGGUAGUACAAGCCUGUUACUUGUUCAUGCUCAAGUUAACUUGGUUGUUGGCAGGUUUGAUGAUGCUCUGACCUCUGCUCAACGAGCAUCUAGGCUGGACGCGAACAAUAAGGAAGUAAACACGAUAUUGUGGAGGACGAAGGCUGUGGCAUUAGCUAGAUCAAAUGGAAACGAUUUAUUCAAGGCAGGAAGAUUUUCCGAGGCAAGUGUUGCAUAUGGUGAAGGGCUCAAUCAUGAUCCAUAUAACACAGUCUUGUUAUGUAACCGAGCUGCCUGCAGGUCCAAACUCGGCCAAUUUGAAAAAGCAAUCGAGGAUUGCAGUGCUGCUUUAGGCGUCUGCCCUUUUUAUAGCAAGGCUAGAUUAAGAAGAGGCGAUUGUUAUGCUAAGCUGGAAAAAUGGGAAGCAUGCAUACAAGACUGUGAGAUGCUGUUAACAGAAAAUCCAAAUGAUGAGGCGGUAGGGAAACUCUUGAAGGAGGCUCGAGCACGAAGACAGUAAGGAAGAAAAGACACGAAAGGCCAGGCUAGUGACUGGAUUGAAGACGUAACAAGUUGGCCGUGAAAUGUGGAAGUGCCACCGGCCCACCGGAUCCUGUACGAAGUCAUUGCAUAGAUUUCUGUUCUGAUAGAUGGGAAAGGAAAUGGAUAGAGGGCUUGCUAGGGACCAUUUGACAAGAUUGGAUUGAAGAAAAGCAUAAUUGAUUGAUUGAUUGACACAGUAGUCAACAAUGAUUGGGAUUGUAAAAUUUUUGUAAUUAUUUUUAGUUUGAGAUGAUUGAGAAACUUCAUUGAAAUUAGUCAUUUGUUACUUUUG